CAUAAGCAUAAAUUGCAAGUAACUAAGGUCUUUUCUAUUUACCUAUGUCCAUGACAACAAGGAUACCCUCUCAAUUCCUUCUCAUACACCAGAAAAUAUCUAAUUAAGAGAGUAUUACUACAUACAUGGAGGCCAAUAAUCAAAGGCAAGCCACUUCUGCGGAUAACAAUUCCAGGGGUCCUUGGAUUAGAUACCGUGUGGAGUACCGAAACCGAGACACGAAUGAAUUAAUCAGUCAUCAUGAUACAGAAACUCCCGAUUUAGACACUGAUAAUAGUGGUCUCGACAAUCUGGCUUUUGCUGUAGUAACUACAUUCAAGGUAGCACCGCCAUCUCAAGUAGUAUCAUCAACGCAGCUGGUUCCUACCACAAACCGCGAAACUCAGUCAUCCCGGUCAUCUCUCCCAAGCUACUCUCUACAUCUAUACUCUCCGGCUAUCGUCAAUGCUCUACAGACAGUAGUCCAAUACUACCCAUCUCAAGAUCUAACGGGUACUGUUGAAAUAGAGUGGCCCUACCCAAUCUUGGUUCAUCAUUACGACGAGCUCGAAAAGUUUCGUCAAAACGUUGCUCUCAAGGAUGAUUCUGAACUCUGUGUUCGAGAGAGACACGCGUAUGAGCACAUACGGUUACUCCUUGAUUUUCUUGACCAGAACAUCAUGGGGGAAGUAAAAGCUGAAAAGGAACGAAAUAGAAAAGGAUUCUACACGUACGAGCUCGCCUGGGUAAGCCUGAAACCUGGCAGCACGGUUAUGUUGCAGCCGCUUAUAAGUUCCGACAAAUUGGCGCCAGUGAUACAUUCCAUUAAGGGUGGCAUAUUUGAUACCCCUCGAACUUCCUGGUCAAUUCAAUAUUGGUAUAUGCAGUACGAUGGCUACUACCUGGGGAGGACUAUGGAAUUUGCGUCUAUGGGAAUCUUUGACGGGCAACGUGAGUUGAGAAACAUAGAGGUCGACAAUCUUACUGGAAAAGAUCUCCCUACUGAAGUUGCAAAUCAGUUAAACUAUGGCAAGGCUUAUUGGAAUUUAUUAAGGAAGCAGUGCAGACGUUACAAAGGGAAGACUGAAGCUUUUCCGUAUAACGAAGUUGAUGGUCUAGUGAUGACCGAUCUUAGAAGCUACUAUGCGGAUCAGGGAAGCAAAGUCGACUUGAUGGACACUUCCGACUGUCGCAACUGGAUCUCGGAUUGUAAAUGUCUAGUUUGCAAGAGUGUAAAUACGAAGAAGGAGAGGAAGAUGAUAUCUCUCUUCGAGGAUUACAGCCUCAUCGGGAUCGAAACAACAGACACGCUUACACCCCAUAUGUAUUUUCUUUGCAGCUACGAUAUAAUGGCAUUUGUCUUUAGGACUCGUAGAUGGGAAUGCUUACACGUGCGCUACUUCUCCGAGCCGCAAUUCGACGAGGAAUUGAUCGACCAUCUUGUCAUGGAGCGACAUAGGAAACAAACAUUGAAGUCAUUAGCAAAAAGCUUUGCUCGCGUAAAUCAGUACGGAGAUGCCAUGACUCGAGAUCCGUGGACAGCGGACUUCGUAGAAGGUAAAGGACACGGCCUCAUUUUCUUACUACAUGGUCGACCAGGGGUAGGCAAGACAUGUACUGCUGAGUGUAUUGCAGCCUUCACAAAACGCCCGUUAAUGGUCUUGACAUCCAGCGACAUAGGCACCGACCCAGCAACCGUUGAGGUCAACCUGACAAAACAUUUUAAGACAGCGAGAAGCUGGGGCGCUAUACUUCUGAUUGACGAAGCCGACGUUUUCAUGGAACGCCGCUCAACAGCUGAUCUUGUUCGGAACAGUUUAGUUGCAGGCUUCCUUCGAGCGCUCGAGUUCUACGACGGCAUACUAUUCCUCACUACGAAUAGGGUUGGCUCAUUCGAUGAUGCCUUCAUCUCGCGUGUACAUCUGCAACUGUACUAUCCUGACUUCGACGAUGAUCAGAGACGACAGAUCUGGCAGACGUUCAUAGACAAACUCGCCAAAGAACGAGGCGACUAUAUGCGGCUCAACGUCGAUGCGAAAGACUAUAUCAGGGGUGCCGAAAUGCGGGCCCUCAAGUGGAAUGGGCGAGAAAUCAGAAACGCGUUCCAAACCGCCGUAUCACUAGCAGAGUAUGAUGCCGAGAAAGGUGAGGAUGGGAAAAUUAUGAUCACAGACGAGCACCUCAGAGCAGUUGUUGAACUCUCCAAGGAUUUCAAGAAUUAUCUCAAUGAGCUCCACAAAGGAGACGAAGGAAAGCGGGCAGAGCGUAAAUAUGAGCGUUUGGAUUCGUACGAUAAAAGCUAGUUCCUAACCUAGGAGCUAACUUGUUUGAUGUUCGCAGAUUUUACUGAAUCAUGAAAUCAAAAUAUUUUUAUUUCAUAUGCUAUCUAGAUUCCUCGCCCUUCUCCACAUAAAAGGGGCAUACUCCUGAUGUUCUAAGAUCUCUAUGGUUGGAUGUGAGUGUGAGGCUAUAUAUUUCUCAUACAACUAGAUAAUUAUAUCUAAAUGAGAGAGCAGUAUAGGAAAUCAUAUUUAUCGGAGUGGUGAAAG